GCGCCCAUCCAGAUUGUCAUGCAACGCAUUGUGCUCGAUUAUCUGCCCAUGUUUGAUUUUCAGACCUCAUAUAUCUGUUGCCUGGCAGGAUGGUGUUUUUCAUUCCAAUAAGAUAUGCAGCUUGAGGUUUGGACAUAGGUACUGAUCCUGAUGACAGAAGGGAACCUGUUUGACAAAAUGAAAAAAGUUGGACUUAUUGGGGUGUCGCUAUUACCCCAGGUAAAGUCGUCAUCGGGUUGUCAUCCUCAUGUGAAUCUUGUGGACGAGGAAGAAAAGUGCAUGAAAGAUCUGCAACUUUUAAUGUCACACAAAGCAACAGAGAACAAUAUGAGUUUUCACUGCAACGGAAUGUGGGACCACCUGAACUGCUGGCCACCAGCUUUUCUCGGGGAAACAGUUUCUCAGCCAUGUCCAGAUUUUUUUGAUUCAGAAGGUAAAGUCCAACGUAACUGCACUACAGAUGGCUGGACAGGUCUGCUGAUCCCACAUGCAGAUGCGUGUGGCUACACUUUCAAUGAGACACUGCAGUUUCUUGGAGAGUCUUCAGGCUCCCAUUUGUAUUUCUCCUUCGUGAAGACCAUGUACACAGCCGGAUACACGCUCUCCCUCAUCUCUCUUACCAUUGCUAUCGCCAUAUUCUGUCUGUUUAGGAAGCUGCACUGCACCAGGAACUACAUUCACAUCCAGCUCUUCAUCUCUUUCAUCCUGAGAGCCAUCUUCAUCUUCGUCAGAGAUGCUCAACUGUUUACUGAUGAAGAGCUCUAUCACUGUGACUCCUACCCGGUGGCUUGUAAAGUCGUGCUGAUGUUUUCCAACUAUUCCAUCCUUGCGAAUUACAGCUGGCUGCUGGCGGAGGGUCACUUUCUCUUCACCCUGGUGAGCCGCUCCUUUUUCUCCCUGAAGAAACACCUCGUCUGGUACAUCGUCCUGAGCUGGGGUUUACCACUGAUUGUUAUUGUCUCCUGGGGGUGUGCCAAGUAUUUUUAUGAAGACGAAGGCUGUUGGGAAACCAGGAGACAUGAAUGGAUUUGGUGGAUACUUCGAGUUCCAGUCCUUCUUACUAUACUUAUGAAUCUCAUCUUUUUCUUGGGUAUUUUGAGGAUAUUGGUGAGCAAACUCAGAAUGCCAGACGCACAGAGGAAUGAAUUCAGCCAGUUUAAGAGGCUCAUCAAAUCUACAUUUUUCCUGGUGGCUCUGUUCGGCCUGCAUUACAUCCUGUUUGUUUUCUUACCUGUUGAGGUCAGCAGCUCUGUGUUUAAGAUAUGGAACGCUGCAGAGCUGGCUUUGUCCUCCACACAGGGUUUUGUGGUUGCCGUCCUCUACUGCUUCAUGAAUGGAGAGGUGCAGCAUGAGAUUCAGAGGCGGUGGAAGAGGUGGAGGCUGACUCGUCCGCUCCCCAGUCGGCAGCGGCAGCAUCACGGCUCCAUCAGCCACAGCGGGUCUCCUCACACUCAGGUCUCCCUGCUGCCCUGCUCUCCAGGCAGCCCGACGACCAGCGGACUCCCUGUGGAUACUGUGGAGAUGUGAUUCCAUCUGGCACUGGCUCAAUACAAAACAGACUCUGGCUUAGCGCUGGCAGUCAACUGGUCCUCAGCUGCAACUUGAGUGUUUAGUACAGCAGCACUAUCAUUUGGUUUCCUUGUAGUAUUUCAAUAAUGCAGUCUAUUUUCAGCAUUUAAUUAAAGGGCACUGCAGCUAUUUACUAUUUAGUAGCGCUUCACUGCAGCUGGAGGGGUUACGAAAUGUCGGAAUUGUGGUCACGCUAUCUUGACUUCUUAAAACACUAGAUCUUACAUUUCACGUCAAUGAAAUCUGACAGGUACUUUUCAUGAAUCCUGAUAAAUGAAUUUCAAAUGUAAUGCCCCAAAUUCAUUCAUUGUCUGUUAAAAUAUUAUUUAAAACUUUAACACUCUAACAUUCACAGUGACAACAAGGAAUCUGAUCGCCAUGUGUAAAAUUGCGAAAACAAACGCAGUAAACUCUAUCUAGGAAAACCCAAACAUCCCCAAUAUCUUGACGGCAGCAGUAUCAAAGUAUUAUUCACUGUGGUAAAUUUUCCCGUUGAGGGAAUUUACAUCAGUUACUCAUAAACUUUUAUACAAUCCGAUUUCUUUUGGCAACCAGAUUAGUUACCCCCUGCUGGAUGUUAGAAAGAAUGCAGGCAUUUCUUCUCUGGCUUCAUUUUUCACACCAUCAUGCUUCAUCCAACUUUUACGUUAAGUCCAAGAAUAAACAUCUGUAGGUGUUGAACUUCUGCUACAUUUUAGAAGUUUCUUAGAGGACGACAGAAGCAGAAAUGUGAGGGCAAAAGAACAAGUGUUUAUUUGUGAUAGUCAGUCCUGUGUACAGAUGAUGGAAAUGUAACUGGGUUUAGGGGAAUAGUUUGGAAUUUUAGGAAACACCUAUUUGCUGUCUUGGUGAGAAACAAGUAAAUUGACGACAGCCUGAUGUCUGUAUGCUAAAAAUGAAGUGAGCAGUAAUGGGGGCCUGGUUGCACCAACAGCUUUCAUGUUAAACCAGCUGCUCGGGCUCUCAUGAAAGGUGUCCUCUACCUCAACUUUUAAUGCUAAGAUGAGCUAAAUGCUUGCUGGCUUUAGUUUUAUAACAAUCAGACACACCUACAAACAUGUUUUCAGCAAGAAAGCUCAAAAAUUUAUUUCACAAAAAGGUGUCCUGUUCCUUUAAAUGGUGGAAAUUCAAAUUAGCUUACCCUCGAGCAUGCACACUUACUUAGUUGUAAUGUACCAAAUACUGCAGCAACAUGUCAAAAAAGUUCUACAUUUUUUUUCUUUUUUGAAGCUUCUUGUGAUAAACAAAUGGGAGUAAAACUCAUUAGUUUACAUAUUUGGCUUUUAGCUGCUCCACCAGCUGAACAUAAGCGGCCAUUGCUUCAUCUUUGGUCAGACCUGUAGGUUGAGAAACAAAAAUAAACAAAGCAGUUAGUUUUUGCAGGAACAAUGUGACAUAGUCAAGACUAGGUUUGUUCUGUUCAUAAGUGUAGACUGCAAGUUGUUUUAAAUUUAGCUUUGUUAAAGAAUAAUCUUCCCCCAAACUUCAUUUUUAGAUACAGCGGCUUUACAGAGUGGUAUUUUUAGUUGAUCUCUUUUUUGUUUUUUUUUUCCAUUUUCUUUAAAGGGCCCGUCAUUCUGACCUUUCUCUGCUUCCCAAGCAUCCCAUUUUGCUUUUCCUGUAAAGUCCAACAUCCCUGGACGUUCUGUGGACAUAAAAACAAUCAUCAAUAACUGGGUUUUACACAUCCUUAGUAUUGGUGUGUGUUUUUGCUCAAACUGUCAGGCUCGAUAGCGACAUUUCUAAAAACACUCCAUGACAAGUGAAAGUCUCCAACAGAAAAUUUUAUGUAAAAAUUACAGAUGCGAAAUGUGAAGAAUGAAAGUACUUCAUGCAGAAAGAUCCACCCUGUGACUGUUUUAUCAUGGUUAUAGCUCCCGAUGAGGUCAUGUCCAUUCUAAAUUCUCCAGGCAUUUGGGGUCGUAAGUUCCCUGAAUUUCAGGGGUUACAUUUUACAAUUAAAAACAUAUAUAUGAGGAGUAUUUUUGAGGUAUGUUCCAGUAUUUUUAGACUUAUAUAUAAACAAUAAAUACAAGGACCCUGGCAACUACACGGUAUACUAUUGUAAUUUUAUUUAUAAUGCAUUAAUCUGUAAGCAGCAGUGUUGUUGGUCAUGGUGGAGCUAAUGUAACUUUAUUUUUUCUCUCUAAUUUUAAUCUUUAAAUAACAAAAGCUGUAAAAUAUGUUGAAAUGUAAAAUGAGAUUCUGCUUUUAUGUUUAUCUGAACUGUUUUUACUGGUUUCAAGCGUUAAACUCUGUCCCCAAGUUUGAUUUCUGCCUAUGCACUCAUGAAUAUGUAAUGUUAAUAAGAAACGCUAAAAAUCUGACAUUAAGUGUGUCAGGAGCUUUACAUUUCUUAUUUGUUAUAUGAAUAUUAAACAAAGUGUCAGUAAAA